AUGAAGAACUAUUAUGUCUUUCCCACGGAGUUGUGGAUUGAUAUUUUGCUUCAUGUAUUCCAUAUUACAGGCUUCUCGGAACUUAACAAAUUCCGUCGUACUUGCAGGCUUUUCGACUUGAUUGUCCGCGAUCUGUUUGAAGAGCAAAUCCACGCAGAAAAAUUUCAACAUCACUGGACACUUGAUCUCAUUAAACCAAACCCCAUUAUUAAAAAUGGCAAUUUCGGAAACUCCAUCCUAAUUUAUUAUAGCGGCGUGCGUAUUAAAGCCAAUCUGAUUUACGAACUGAAAUCACAUACAGGCUUUUUCGUCUUCAGCGGACCUCGACGUACUUAUAUAGGGUUUGACUUACACGCGAUCAGUUGGGGCAUCGUAGAAAACGACACCUAUAGUUACUCAUAUAAACAAGAUUUAAACUCUUCAUUUUAUUAUUAUUUUAAAACAUACUUUGAUUAUCGUGACGAAACUCAACAAAUUUUGGGUGUUCAGAUUCGUGCAA